GGGACGCCCUCCCACGUGUCCUUGCCUCUCCCCUCUCUUUCAUGGCUCGCACACCGCAGCGGAGUGGUGGAGUGUACCAACUGGGCUGGGGAGGGGAAGGCAAGCAGAGGGGAUGAGCGGCGGCGGCGUCGGUGCCGGCGGCGGGGUCCUGGGCGCCGGCUCCUCGUACCAGAGGUUCGUCCGCACCGCGCUGGAGCAGACCCGCCACCGCACCGCCCUCACGCCACACCCCUCGCAGGAAAAGUUCAGGCUCAUACGAGCCAACGACGAUGCUGCUGUUUUGGAUGCUCUCUCAUUCACCGCCCCCAAGAUCAGACUGCUUCGCAGCUUGACAGUUGAGAAGAAAAACUCGGUCCAGGUUCUAGACUUUGCUGCUUUCUCUGAACCUGAAUACGAUCUUCCAAUAUUUUGCGCCAACGCUUUUACUACUCCUGCACAGAGUAUUGUUGUCUUGGACCUCAAUCCGCUAUACGAUAUCACUGAAGACAGGGAUUACAAAGAUAAAUACUACAGGAAUUUGAUGCCUCUUAUACAGAAGUAUAGUGAGCUUCUGCCAUGGGGUGGCAAGAUUACGAGCGAAUCUCUGAGAUUCUUCUCUCCAAUCGUGAUCUGGACUAUAUUUGAGCCCACUGAACGCAACCAUCAUGUUCUGUAUUCAGCUUUGAUGGAUUACUAUAAGGCUUGGCUUCAGUUAACGGAUCAAGCGGCUGAAGAAAAUGACAAAACAAAAGUUGUUCGUAACAGAGAAGCGCAACAUAGAUAUCUCACAUGGAGGGCUGAAAAGGAUCCUGGGUUUCCACUUCUGAAGAAGUUGAUUGGUGAAAGCUAUGCCAAGGAUUUGGUGACUGAGUUCCUGUUCGAAGGAGUGCAUUCUCUUGGAAGUAAAUCUUUCCUGGACUAUUUCCCCGAGUACGCGCGUGACGACGGAACAGUAAACAAGAAGAGGAGUAUGAUUGGGAAAUCUUUCGAAGCUAGGCCUUGGGAUGCUACCGGAGAAUUCAUUGGUGGCAAGGAUGCAGAAUGAGAUCUUUAGCUGUAGGAUCUGCACGAGCAAUCCUUCGGGUUUUCCUGAAUUCGCCUUGGGAUGCUACCAGAGAAUUCAUUGGUGGUGAGGAUGCAUGAUGAGAUCUUUUGCAGUAGGAUCCACAUGGGCAUUCUUAGGGUUUUGCUGAGCUCCUAGCGACAAUCAUUUUCGUGACCCUCUUGCUUCUCAGGUUUCAUUUUAACAUUCUUCGUUACACGCUGUCCGGGCUACUUUGUAUCUUUGUAAUUUCAUCUGAAUGGUCUGUGUAGCUUAAAAAAACUUGUGUAAUAUUGGAUUGGGUGCAAUAUCAAUAGUAACUUAGACUGAUAUUAUAUAUA